AUGGAUCAGCCAUCAGAUGGAGUGACCUGGCUAGCAAAUUCAAUCCGCAUCGACAUCAGCAUCUAUAAAGUUUUCCUGAUCGCCUUUGCCGUGAUCGCAGCUGUGGCUGCUGAUGUCAGUCAUCUGCCAUCGAAUGAGUACUUGCCCCCCGUGGUGCAGGAGUCGCAGAUUGUCGUUUCUCCCAGCAAUGAGUACUUACCCCCAGUAGAUACUCAGCCAGCCCAUGAGCUUGCCGAUGAUGGUUACCGUUACAAGACCCACAAGCGUGUGGUGCUCCGUCGUCACCGUCGUGAUGUGAGCCACUUGCCUUCCAACGAAUACCUACCCCCUGUUCAAGCUGCUCCAUCCAACGAGUACUUGCCCCCAGUCCAGGUAGCUGCUCCAGCUCCUAUCCAACUUGCCGAUGAUGGUUACCGUUACAAGACCCACAAGCGCGUGGUGAUCCGUCGCCACCGUCGUGAUGUGAGCCACUUGCCUUCCAACGAGUACCUGCCCCCUGUUCAGGAAACUGUUGAGGUUGCUGCUCCUUCCAACGAAUACUUGGCUCCAGUUGAAGCUCCAGUUGAGUCCGCUGUCUUGGCUGAUGAUGGUUACCGUUACAAGACCCACAAGCGUGUGGUGCUCCGUCGCCACCGUCGUGAUGUGAGCCACUUGCCAUCCAACGAGUACCUGCCCCCUGUUCAGGAAACUGUUGAGGUUGCUGCUCCUUCCAACGAAUACUUGGCUCCAGUUGAAGCUCCAGUUGAGUCCGCUGUCUUGGCUGAUGAUGGUUACCGUUACAAGACCCACAAGCGUGUGGUGCUCCGUCGCCACCGUCGUGAUGUGAGCCACUUGCCAUCCAACGAGUACCUGCCCCCUGUUCAGGAAACUGUUGAGGUUGCUGCUCCUUCCAACGAAUACUUGGCUCCAGUUGAAGCUCCAGUUGAGUCCGCUGUCUUGGCUGAUGAUGGUUACCGUUACAAGACCCACAAGCGUGUGGUGCUCCGUCGCCACCGUCGUGAUGUGAGCCACUUGCCAUCCAACGAGUACCUGCCCCCUGUUCAGGAAACUGUUGAGGUUGCUGCUCCUUCCAACGAAUACUUGGCUCCAGUUGAAGCUCCAGUUGAGUCCGCUGUCUUGGCUGAUGAUGGUUACCGUUACAAGACCCACAAGCGUGUGGUGCUCCGUCGCCACCGUCGUGAUGUGAGCCACUUGCCGUCCAACGAGUACCUGCCCCCUGUUCAGGAAACUGUUGAGGUUGCUGCUCCUUCCAACGAAUACUUGGCUCCAGUUGAAGCUCCAGUUGAGUCCGCUGUCUUGGCUGAUGAUGGUUACCGUUACAAGACCCACAAGCGUGUGGUGCUCCGUCGCCACCGUCGUGAUGUGAGCCACUUGCCAUCCAACGAGUACCUGCCCCCUGUUCAGGAAACUGUUGAGGUUGCUGCUCCUUCCAACGAAUACUUGGCUCCAGUUGAAGCUCCAGUUGAGUCCGCUGUCUUGGCUGAUGAUGGUUACCGUUACAAGACCCACAAGCGUGUGGUGCUCCGUCGGCACCGUCGUGAUGUGAGCCACUUGCCAUCUAACGACUACCUGCCCCCUGUUCAGGAAGCUGUUGAGAUUGCUGCUCCUUCCAACGAGUAUUUGGCUCCAGUUGAUAAUGGCAUUACCAACGAGUCCGCUGUCUUGGCUGAUGAUGGUUACCGUUACAAGACCCAAAAGCGUCGUGUGUUCCGUCGUCAUUAA